AUGCCGAGCGUCGCCGUCGUCAAGUUCGGCGGCGCCGUGCUCACGGACAAGCGUCAACGCGGCGUCGUCGACGCGCGCGGGCUCGCGGAUUGCGCGCGCGUCGCGCGACUCGCGCGCGACGCGGGCGCGUCGUUGAUCAUCGCGCACGGCGCGGGGAGUUUCGGACACGGUGCGACGCGACGGACGCGCGCGACGCGACGGACGCGAUGGACGCGACGCGCGACUGACGCGCGCGGUGGCGACGCGGUCGCAGCGGAGGCGAAGGCGUGCGGGUGCGCGCGCGGCGGUGACUUGCGGGACGCGGCGUUCGCGCUGGGCGUCGACGGGACGCGAGCGAAAGUGCUCGAAUUGAAUCGACUCGUCGUCGACGCGCUGCGAGAUGCCGGCGUGAACGCGCGAGGGAUGACGCCGUGGCGCGAGGGGUGGCGAACGCGAGGGCCGGGGCGGCCGGAGACGAGCGGACGAGACGAAGGACGCGCGGUGCUCGACGCGGUGCGCGACGGCGUCGUGCCGGUGAUACACGGCGACGUGGUCGAGGACGUCGCGCAAGGCACGUCAGUGUUGAGCGCGGAUACGAUCGUCGAGAUGUGCGCGAAAUGGGCGAUGGAAGAGUGGCCCGAUGAGUGCCCGCGAGUGGUGUUUUGCAGCGACGUCUUCGGCGUCUACGACUCGCCGCCGACGACGCGAAUCAUAAACGCCGACGUCACCGACGGCGACGUACCGCUCCGCGUGAACGAAACCGAAACCGCCGUGCUCUUACGCGACAUCAUCGUCGACGCCGACGCCGACGCGAGCGAUGGCACUCGCGUUCCCUGGCGAUGCGCUCGCGCGUCGCCGCUCGCGCGUCUCGCCGAAGCCGCCGACGCCGCCGCCCUCGACGCCACGUUCGCCAUCGACGACGCCAUCGCCGACGUCACCGGCGGUGUUCGCGCCAAGCUCACCACCGCGAUCGCCAUCGCCUCGUAUCUUCCCCCAGGCCCUCCCCGCGUGUUCCUCGCUCGGCCGGGCGCGUUUGCCGCCGAACCGUCGCGCGUCUCCGAUCACGCCCUCAACGCCAUCCUCGCCUUCGACGCGCGCGGCGCGCCCGACGAUGCGGCACUGAAUAAUUUUAUCGGCACCGCCAUCGCGCGCCGCGCGCCGUAG